AUGGCUAGUGAGGAGAAUUUCGUAGUGUUUGUUCACCAUAGAGGAUCCAUUAAGAGGAAAACUCGUUCCGGUGUGAAGUUCACUGAUAAGAAUCCUCUCUGUAUUAUCGUUAGGCCUACGACGAGGUAUGAGGACCUUGUUAGCUCUGUACUGCUGAAACUUGGUCUAGAAGGUGUGAAACGGGUUAAGAAAUUUUUUUAUCGAAUUCCAAUCACGGUGCUCCAGGAAAUCGUAAAGUACGAUUGUUUCACGAUCGGGAGUGAUGAGGACUUGCAGGUCAUGUUUCAUUGUCGCCGACAGUUUCCAGAGCUCGGGGGUUCGAACCGGAACACCACCACUUUAGCCACGGUAGCCGGUUCUAGCUCCAGACCUGCCGUUGCAUCUUCCUCCGUCCCUGCGUACGAGCCACCCGUCCAACAUGUCGCCUCCCCUUCGUUCGCUGUUGAUCUCAACAGCAGUGUAGGCGACGAGGUCGGAGAAGGGGAACAUCUGGGGACCUCUUUAAAGUGUGUUGCACCGGCUGGUGUUGGAGAUGGAUUCUUGGAUUAUCCAGAGGAUGAUGAUGUCGAGCCGGAUAUGAUUGCUGAUGACAGUGGCGAUGAUGUUGGAGCAAGUGAGCCUGCUGGGGCGGGCGGUGGUUCUAGCUCUGGUACGCAGCAGUACCCUCCACAUUUUUUCUCUUUAAACUUGGAUGCCAUGAGGCAAGAGGGAGUUCCUGGGCAGCCGGCUGGAUUUGGCGCUAGAGAUGCUGAAGGGUCUGCAGGUCUGACAGAGUUUCAGGUUAGUCAGCAAUUUCCGGAUAAAGAAGAGGCCCUGUUAAAUGUCAAGACUUACAGCAUCCGUCGAGGGGUACAAUACAAGGUCGUGGAGUCUGACUAUCGCCGGUAUGUGGGCAAGUGUUCUGAGUUCGGCAAUGGGUGCACAUGGUUGAUUCGGCUUAGUCUCUGA